CUGUUCAAGAAGUUUCUGCUCAGCGAAGGCGCCGCUAAUGAACUGGAUUUCUGGUAUGCGUGCAAGGGAUUGAAGCAGUAUUCUCCAAAGGAGCAAAACCUAAUCGAACGACUGGUGCAGAUCAUCUAUCAGAACUACGUCAGAUCUCAGGGCGAAUGCUGUGUUUGCUGCUUGCAGAGCGAGACGCGCAUCGAGUGCCACGGUCGCUUCGUCAAUAAGGACAUCUCACAGAACAUGUUCGACAAGGCGCAACAGGAGGUCGAAGCGUUUCUCCGUAUCAAGCAUGCCGCGUUCGUCGAGUCCGAAUUGUACAUAUCGUACCUACAGUCUGUGCAGGCCGGCGGCUGGGACAGUCCGAAGUGCUACUCGAACGAGUCGAACUCGAACAGUUCUAGUAACAGCGGCGACGCCCAGCGACCGUCUUCUACGCUGCUGCCAACUGUACAAGAAGAACCGGAUGUUGAGCCGGAUCAGGAACGCAGCGUUUGCGGUAAUGAAGGAACGUUGUUUGACAGUGGUAAUCACCGGAUGUCUGACGACGCGGCACCGCCUAAGACCAAGGACUCCACUAAGGAUAAGAUAGCCACCAAAGAACCGUCGUCAGUUGCCGCUGCCACAGUUGCGGUCACUUCCUCCGCAUCUGACGUGUCCUCUUCAGCAGUGACGGCCAAGAGCGUCGGCAAGAAGUCGUCCUCCGCCUCUUCCUCCACCGCCGCCACAUCCGUUGCUCCUCAGUCGCUGCCGGGCCGACUGACCGCUGGCGCUUUGGUGGCCACCUUGGAACAGCGAAUGGCGUACACCGCCAAACGAUCGAACAGGUGUCGUCGGCAGUAUGGCCUUAUCCACCGUUUCAGGUCCGGCGUACCGCCAAACCCGUAUCAUACGCAGUACGUACCGUAUCUACCGACCAGUGCCCAGGAUUCCGAGCUUCAAUCGAUGUCCAGUGAUGCGGCCACGGAAAACAGCAUGUGA